UCUGAAUUGAACAUGAGAAUUUUCCUUCAUCAGAGAAAAAAAAAUCUUCAAAAAUCAACUUUUUUAUUUCUGUUAAAUGCGGUUAUAUUUUUUUUUCUUCUUCUUUAGCAUCAUUGAUCAAGUUUGGCUGUUUGGAUGAUAAGGAAUCAGGUUCUAUCAUCAUAAUGACCAUCAUGACCAUCAAACAUGGUAAUAAUGAAAAUAAUAAUCUGAGUACAUCAUCAGUAUUGACGAAUGGAAAAAUGAAUUCUUCAUUCAAAGAUUUUUCGAUUAAACCAGUUCAUCAGCCAAAAGAUUCAUUAUUCAGUUCAUCCAGUGGAUAUACUAAUUAUCGUGGUCUAAUUAAUCUUUGUUAUACAAUAUUAUUUUUAUCAAAUUUUCGUGUUGCACUUGAAAAUGUACUUAAAUAUGGAAUAUUAAUUGAUCCUAUGCGUGUUAUUAUCAAUUAUUUUACCAUCGGCAAUAUAAUACCUACAUUAUAUUUAUUAAUCAUAUUGAAUGCAUUCAUUUUAUUUGCAUUCAUUAUUGAAUUAAUUUUAACAAAAUAUUUUCUAAAAUUUUCUCAUCUAUUCACAUUGAUCAGUUUUUAUUUGAUUAUUUUGCUCACCAUACCACCAAUUGUAUUUCAUUGUUAUGAAUUUAAUCCAAUAGCCGGUUCUACUUGUUGUCUUUAUUAUACGGUUGUUUUCUUGAAAUUAGUUUCCUAUCAUAUGGUCAAUUAUUGGCAUCGUAAAAAUAAUGUUCAAUCGAAAAAAAUCGAUAAUAACAAUGAAACAAAUAAUGAAAAUAAUAUCAGUGAAGUUAUCUCAUCAUCGCCAAUUGUUGAAUAUCCAAACAAUUUAACUUUAUCGAAUCUAUAUUAUUUUAUGUUUGCACCAACUUUAUGUUAUGAAUUAAAUUUUCCUCGAAUAAAACGAAUUCGUAAAAGUUUUCUAAUUAAACGUCUAUUGGAAAUUUUUUUUCUCGUACAGAUUGAGAUUGCUUUGAUACAACAAUGGAUGGUUCCGGCAAUUCAAAAUUCAUUAGAACCAUUCAUGGAAAUGUCCUAUACAAAAAUGUUGGAAAGAUUAUUAAAAUUGGCUGUUCCCAAUCAUUUAUGUUGGUUGAUAUUUUUCUAUCUCGUUUAUCAUUCAUAUUUGAAUUUACUUGGUGAAAUUUUUCGAUUUGCUGAUCGUGAAUUUUAUAAAGAUUGGUGGAAUUCCGAAUCAAUCGAAUAUUUUUGGCGAACAUGGAACACACCAACACAUCGAUGGUGUGUACGACAUCUUUAUCUUCCAUUGGUUGUAUCAUUCAAAAUGAACACAAUGAACGCAUCGGCUAUUGUAUUUUUGGCUUCAGCAUUUUUCCAUGAAUAUCUUGUAUCCGUUCCAUUGAACAUGUAUCGUAUAUGGGCAUUUGCCGGAAUGGCCUUUCAAAUACCAUUAGCUUUAUUGGUACAAAGGUUACCAAAAAAAGUUGCCAAUUAUGCAAUGUGGUUAUCGUUGAUCAUUGGACAACCACUUUGUAUACUAAUGUAUUAUCAUGAUUAUUAUGUUAUUCAUGUUGUAAAUGCUGUGAAACAAGUUUCAAAUUAAUUAUACACAGUACACAAUAUUUUUUUUAUAAAUAAAA